GGGUACAAGCUGACGUUUCUGUUUUACAGUGUCGCUCAGGAGGUUGCACGGCGGAGCUGCCAUUGUUUUAUUGUACUGUUAACAGCACAGUAUAUAAAUAUAUAUAUAUACACUGAUCCGACCAUGAACCCAGACAUUUGCAAAGAGCGGGACUCUGCCACCUUCCAGACCGAGGUGCUUACACACAUCCUGGAUGGGGGGGCCGAUAAGACUGCACGGAGGAGAGAGAUCGAAUUGCUGGUGAUCAACGACCCAGAUUUCCAGCACGAGGACCUGAACUUCCUGUCGCGCAGCGAUCGCUACGACGCGGCCGUGAAGAAGAGUGCCAUGAUGAUCAUGAAGAUGCGGCAGCAUGGCAUCUCCGACCCCGAGGAGAUCAUGUGCUACAAGAGCGUUGCGAAAGGCAACACAACCGAGCCGCUGGGGCUGCACUACGUCAUGUUCCUGCCCACCCUGCUGAACCAGGCCACCCCCGAGCAGCAGGAGAAGUGGCUGCCGCUCUCCCUCUCCUUCCAGGUCCUCGGCACCUACGCUCAGACCGAGAUGGGGCACGGGACCCACAUUCGCGGGCUGGAGACCACGGCGACCUAUGACCCUUCCACGCAGGAGUUCGUCCUCAACAGCCCGACUGUCACCUCUAUCAAGUGGUGGCCAGGGGGACUGGGGAAGACGUCGAACCACGCCAUCGUUCUGGCGCAGCUGUACACGCAGGGGCAGUGCCGGGGGCUCCACCCCUUCAUCGUGCCAAUCCGAGCCAUGGGCACCCACGAGCCACUGCCAGGGGUGGUCGUGGGGGACAUCGGGCCCAAGUUCGGCUUCGAUGAGGUGGACAACGGCUUCCUGAAGCUGGAGAACGUGCGCAUCCCACGCAUGAACAUGCUGAUGAAGUACUCCAAGGUGGCGCCGGACGGCAGCUACGUGAAGCCCCCAAGUGACAAGCUGACGUACGGCACAAUGGUGUUCAUCCGCUCCAUGAUCGUGAGCGAGUCGGCACGCGCGCUGUCCAAGGCCUGCACCAUCGCCAUCCGCUACAGCGUCGUGAGACACCAGUCCGAGCUGCGCCAGGGGGAGCCAGAGCCCCAGAUCCUGGACUAUCAGACCCAGCAGUACAAGCUGCUCCCCCUGCUGGCCACGGCGUACGCGUUCCACUGCGUGGGGCAGUACAUGACGCAGACCUACCACCGCAUCACCGGGGAUAUCAGCCAGGGAGACUUCAGCCAGCUCCCCGAGCUCCACGCUCUCUCAGCCGGACUCAAAGCCUUCACCACGUGGAUCGCGACCGCGGGUAUCGAGGUGUGCCGCAUGGCGUGCGGAGGGCACGGGUACUCGUGCUGCAGUGGCCUGCCCGACAUCUACGUGACCUUCACUCCCACCUGCACCUACGAGGGCGAGAACACCGUGAUGAUGCUGCAGACUGCCAGGUAUUUGGUGAAGUGCUACACUCAGGCCAGUGAAGGUCUGCAGGUGGGGGGCACGGUGUCCUACCUCAAUGAGAUGUCCCAGGGCCGACUCCAGCCCCAGCCGGUGUCAGCCCGGCCCACCGUGGUGGACAUCAACGACCUGUCCUGCCUGGUGGAGGCAUACAAGCAGAGAGCAUCCAGGCUGGUGGAGCUGGCAGCCCGGAGCCUGCAGGGGGAGAUUCAGCACAGUAAGAGUAAGGAGGAAGCCUGGAACAACACCUCCAUCGACCUGGUCAGGGCCUCUGAUGCGCAUUGUCACUAUGUCGUGGUGAAGCUCUUCUCUGCAAAGCUCUCGGAGGUCGGUGACACGGCCGUGCACUCAGUCCUCAGCUCCCUUGCGCUGCUCUACGCUCUGCACGGGAUCAGCCAGCACUCCGGGGACUUCCUGCAGGCUGGUCUGCUCAGUGGGCCCCAGAUCUACCAGGUGAGCCAGCGUCUGAAGGAGCUGCUGUCCCAGCUGCGCCCCAACGCUGUGGCUCUCGUCGACGCCUUCGAUUACCGCGACGAGAUGCUCAACUCUGUCCUGGGGCGCUACGACGGCAACGUGUACGAGAACAUGUUCGAGUGGGCCCGCCAAUCACCGCUCAACCGCACUCAGGUCCACAAUUCCUUCCACAAGUACCUGAAGCCCCUGCAGUCCAAGCUGUGAGGUGAUGGAAGGAUGUCUCUCUCUCUCUCUCCCUUAUCAUACCAAUCAGAGCUAACCCCCUAGGAAAAUCAAGUGCUUUAUGAAAAUGAAUGGAAUCAGAAGUAGAAUCAGGACUCUGCUGCCAGCAGGGGUAGCCACAACCGCUUUCUCCAGCCUUCUCAGAAACUGCAACUCCCAGCAACCCCUGGGGCUUGACACUACGGAGGAGGGGUGGUGGAACAAAGACUGACCAAUGAUAACAACAUAGCCCAGAUAACUUUCAUAUUCUAUCUGUGUGAUCAACUGUUUUUGAAAAAUGAGCUAUACUUACUCUUAAAUUGUGUUUGUUUCUAUAGAUAAUAUAAUUUCUUACACUUG